AUGGAUCCAACUCAUGUUAGUUCAUCCGAACAAAUCUUUCGUACAACAACAGAUAGGGACAAUAACGAUAUUCAUCAUCAAACAGCUUAUUUAUCGGAUAGAAAUGAAACAUCUUCAUCACGCGUACUUAUACAAAGUAUAAAUAAUACAGCUGAACAUACUUUGUCUCUUUCUACCGUAUCCUCUCCGUUAUUUUCUAAAAAUUCAUUAUCGUCACAUUUGAUGACAACAAACGAUAAUCAAUUUAUAAAACAUUCAUCAUCAAAAGAAAAUUUAUCUGUUGAUCAAUGUACAAUUGAAACACAAACUGAUCAACGUUACGAUCCAUUUUUUUCAUCAAAGUCGAUACCAUCGUUUGCUGAAACACAAUUAUUAUCCAUCUACUAUUUAAAUCGAAAUGAGAAUGAGAAUGAUGAUAAAUCGAAAGAUACGUGUAUAUUUACCGAACAACAAAAUCGUAUUCCAAAAUGUUCAAAUAUUGCAACAUCAGAACAAGUUCGAUAUCGAUCAAGUCAUGAUCCAUUAUUAAAAUCUACUGAAACACAGUAUAGUUUUCUGAAUACACAAUCAACACAAACAUAUUCUAGUAUAUCGGAAAAACAAAAUCAACAGUCACAACAAAAUUCACAUUUUCCUCGAUUAACUAAACACGGUAGUACAAUUGUUAUUGAUAGCCGUUUGACAACACAACAAGUCAUUCAACAGAAACAAUAUCAGGAUAUACGUGAAACGACUCCGCUUUACGAACAACAUAUACGCAUUAAUUCCGGUAGUCAACGUUUAGCGUCAACUACUAUUGAUAAUAAUCUAGCAUCUCCUAAUCUAUCAGAAGCAUCUGAUGUAGAAGAAUCUCAUUAUUCAAUCGAAGAAUAUAUAAUUCAUGUUGAUAAUAAUAAUAAUAAUAAUAAUCCAAUGCCAUUAGUGCAACCACUAUCAGAUUCUCAGUUACAAACAACAAUGAACAAGCACGAUUCAUUCUCUUCUACAGCCACAUCUUCCACUUCUUUAGCAACCCUCCUGGCAAAAAAUAAUCAACUAUCUCACCAAAUAAACACACUUGUCACCUCUCCUACGUUGUCGCCCACAAUAAUUCCUAUAACAAUUAAUUUUAGACAAAAAAUACCAUUAUCUCAAUCACAAACAACGAUAAAACAAGAACAAAUAAAAACUAAUGUACCACAAUCACCGUCUAAAAUAGUAGUUGAUGAAAAAGUGACUGAACAAUUACCUCAGUAUCGAAAAAAUCCGUCUGUAUCUCAAAGUCAACCAUCCGGCUCGUAUAGGUAUCAUCCUGUUCCUAUAGAAAGAAUCUCGAGUUGGCCUCCAGCUUUUGAACCUGAUACUGACGGUUCAAGUGCAUCCAUUGUACUAACCGAUAACCAACAGCAAGAAGAAAAAGUUGCUGAUCAACGUCCAUCGAAAGUACAAUUCAAUGAUCAAGUACAAAUAAUACCAUUAAGUGAAAAUAGUAGUAUUAGUGAAGAAUUAGUAUCACAACAAAAUGUAGUUCUACCAGAAGUCGCAUCACGAAUCUCUAGAAAAAUUCAGGAUGAAAUUGAUAUAGAAAUGGAAGAAAAAGAUAUAACAACGAAUAACGAUAGAAGAGCCGUUUUUCACAGUAAUACAAAUAAUCAAUCAAAUCUAUCCAUACCAAAUAAUAGUUUACAACUAGCGAAUGGAGGAAGAAAUUUGAACGAAGUGUUCAGUGCAACAAACACAGUUGUUACAGGAUCCACGGUUUCUCCUCUUUCUCCACCAUCGUUUCUGCCCAUCAGCUCUCCAGUUGGAGUCGUCUCCUCUUCAACAUCACCUCGUCCUUAUCUGAAAGUGACACAAUCAAAAUGGGUCAAAGAACAUUUAAAUACAAUAGAACAAGAAAAGCAAGAGUCGACAACGGCUGCCAGACGUGUUGAGAAAUUACGUAAUAUAUUUGAAAAUCCUUCAUCCGAUUCGCCUGCAUUCAAUAGUCCACAAUCUCGACGACCUAUAAUCGAUGAAUCAGAAGAAUAUCAACCAAAACACGGUAAUGAAGUACGAUAUUGGAUUAGCGAUCAUCCUGUGCGGCCAACAACAAUUAUCAACCUUCCAUAUAGACAAAAUACAUAUCAUAUAUUGCCUCCUGAAGUUGAAUUAUCUAAUAAAUCGUUAAUCUCAUCAGCCUUCACUGAAACUAGAACUGAGCUGUUAGUUGAAAAACAAAAAGAGAUCCCUCCACCAUAUAAUCUUGACGAUAUAACUCAUAUAACAAAUAAUAAACAGAUUCAAAGUCUCUAUGAUAUUGGUUACUAUUUAAUUGAUGGAAAAACAUGGAAAUGGAAUCAAAAAUUUUGGUUAAGUCUCACACAACAUCAACAUGAUCAACUAACACGUUUACACGAACAACAAAACAAGGAACAAAUACUAUCUGUUGAUACAGAUAUUGAUAAUGUAAAACAUAUUACUGAUAAAAAUGAAGAUCCAAGUUUCAUUGUAUCAGCUAGUGAAUCCACUGAAUCUGCCACAUCAUCACAAGAUGAUUUUUCUGUCGAAAUAAGAGCACAACGAACAUUAAAUAUGUAUCGCACGAAUAAUAAAGAAAUCAGUACUCAACAAAAACAGUCAUUGCAACAGAUGAAAACAACCGAUCAAGUUCAAGAAUUAUUUAAACAACAACAGAUAAUGUUAGGAAGAAAAAAGGAUAAUAUUGGCGGUAUACCCGAGUCUGGAUAUAGUUCUUCCGAGGAAUUCGAUGAUCGUCAACAAAAAAAAAAACUUUAUUUACUUGAUGAUUCAAAACCGAUAACUAUAGUCGAAGAGUCACCUAAUGAACAACAACAAAUUCAACAAGAAGAUCGCACAGUACAAGAACAAGAUCCAGAUUUAUCUGAAAGCAUUGCAACUUUCGCGACAGCCAGUUCAAUAAUAAUCGAUUCAAACAAUGUUUUAUUACAACAAAAAGAUUUUUAUAAAAAUCAAGUGAAACAUCAAGAAUCUCUUACCUCAUUAUCACACCAGGAACUAAAUAAACAAUUUGUUGAAGAUAAUUUGACGUAUGAAAAUUUUGUUUACGAUUAUUUAGUAACAAAUUCCCGUCGUUCAUGUGAUAAAAAUGGUUAUCUAGUAUUAUACAUCGAUGGUCAACAGAUAAAUACGACUAUUCGCUUAUUCAAUGUUGAACAGGAUCAUCCUAGUGAGAAUAUUGAUACGAUAGAAUUAUCUCGUAAAGUAUACAUAGAUUUAAUUGAUUAUGUAAUACAACCAUUUGAAACCGAACAAGAACAGCUAAUUAUAUUCAUUAAUCAAGAACCUAUUGUUAUUCCUGCCGAUAAAUGGUCUAUAUAUAAAAAUAAAUAUUCUCAAUCAAAAUGGAUUCAUCAUUUACCACAUAUUAAUCGAAAUAUACCCACACAAAUACGGUCAAACAUUGAAAAGUGGUUAGAAGAAAAUUCAACAUUUACAGAAUUACUACAAAAUAAUAACAUUAUUUUUUUAAAUGUUGAUGGACAACGUAUACCAUUAGUUGGUAGAGUUGGAAAUCAUUUAAUUGAUUUAUACAAUCUAAAAGAAUAUCGUUGGUCAUCUAUACUAAAUUAUUUAAUACGUAUUGGACAAGUCUCUUAUAAUAUUGAACAAAAAUUUGUUACAUUAUGUAAUAAAAAAUUAGGUGUUGAAGAAUUAUUAAAGACAUCUACUCGACCCUCAACCAUCAUCACAAGAACAACAAGUCCAAUUCAACUUCAACAAAAACAGUUAUCAUCGUUUUUACGAACAAUUGAUAUCAAUUUUCGUAAUGAGGAUGGUUCAUUGUUCAUCUCCUCUUCACAAAAUGAAAGUUUAUAUAUACCAGCAAAUUUUGUAUCAGAACUUUUUCUAAAAUAUGAAAAUAGUAAAAUAUUGAAUGUAAAUGAGUUAGCUCUUAUUCUAUUAAAACUAUGUGACAUUGAAUAUUUACCAAAUAAUCAUUUUCGUUUAAUUUUUAAUCAACGUUCAAUCACCGUAUCACCACCACCACACGAUCAUCAUUCACGAAUACCACCAAUAUCAUCAUCACCAUCCGCAGCAGCAGCAGCAAUAGCGACAACAACAAUACCUAUUGAACAAAUGUCCCAAGAACAUUUAGAUUUACAAUUGUUAAAUUGGUUUAAAAUAAAUUGUCAGUUGUCAAGUAAACAAGAUGUACUUCUAAUUGAAUAUUUACCAACAAAUCAAAUAGUUUAUAUUGAAGGUCAAGAUGGUUUACGUCUAUCUCGUUUAUUCCAUCAAAACAGAUUAAAAUUAGACGAUAUUUUAUAUUGGCAUAAAGCCAAUGCAAAUAUAAACUUAAAUAAUAUUGAUAAUACACUAAUAUUAACUAUAUUGCCAUCAUCAAAAGUAAAAAUUAUUGAUGAUAAAAAAACGAGACAAAAAUCAUCAUCCUUGUCUUUAUCAAUCAACCAACCAUUGAUGUUGCCAACGAUAAAAAAAGAAAAUUUAUCGAAACUUUGUUUUCGUAUUCCUGUUAAUAGAGAAAAAAAAGAAAAAGAAGAAGAAGAAGAAGAAAAAGAAGAAAAAAUAAAACAAGGUAAAAUAGAAGAAAAAAAAAAGAGAUCAGUAGUAAAUGGAAUAGACGACGACGACAACGACGACGAUAACAAUCCGGCAACUGCAUCUCGUAACAAUGUACAAGAACAUUUAUUUGUACUUGAAACUAUCAAAUUACUGUUAGAAAAUAUAAAUCAAUAUGGCAGUAUAACAUUAAAUUCAACUGGAGAUUUUUUAUUUUUUACAUUUGAUAAUCAGCAUAUUUUAUUUGAUAAAUAUGAAACAAAAUUAUUUUUUGAUGAUUUUGAAUUAAAUAUUGAUCAUAUUGCUAAAUAUAUUUACGAUAAUUCACAAUCAUCUAUUGAAGAUAAUGGUUCAACAUUAAUAAUCAAACAAUUUCAUAAUAACAUGUUUAAAUUUAAAAAUUUAAAAGAUAAAUUAUUACCAUCAAGUUCAAAAAAAUUACGUAUAGGACCAAAUUCAAAACAAUCAACAAAAACAUUAGAUAUUAAUUAUGAAGAACAAAUAAGUCAAUUAACACGUUGGCUAACACAAUUAAGUCGUCAAGGUUUAAUAUCUAUUAAUGAUCAAAAUGAUAUUUUUCUAAAUGGAGGAACAACUGAAGAAUUAUAUAUUGAUCAUGAUGAUGUUAAUGCCUAUAUGGAAUCAAAAUCUAUUACAGAAGAUGAUGAACAUCCAGAAGUAAUUAGUAUGACAGAUAUUGCUCGUAUUAUACUUAAAAAUGGUUUUAUUGAUUAUAAUCUUAGAAAUUUAGUCUAUCGUAAUAAUAGACCAUUACCAUUAGGUGACGAGAUAUUAACAACAACAACAACAAAAAAAACAACAACAGUCAAUAAUGCAAAUAAUGAAAGACAACGUGAAUUAGAUUGGUUACAAUCAAUUAUACAUGGUAUACGUCCAAAUCAAUAUAAUCAAGAAACUGAAGUCGAUUUAUUUGAUGGUGAACGUACACAAAUUUUAAGAUUACCCUAUCAACAAAUAAAAAUACCACAAAAUAAACGUACAAUUGCCGAAUAUUUAUUAGAAAAUGGACAUGUACGAUAUGAUGCAGAAAAUGAAAAUUGGGCCUAUCGUUAUAUUCCACCUGAUUUAUAUCAAGAUGAAAAUGAUAAUAUAGAAAAUCGUAAUGAACAAAUAGCACAACGUUCACUAAUUGCAUCUCAUAUUCGACAAGUACAUAUUAAUAAAUUAACUGGACAAAUUGAUUUAGAAUUUCAUAAUGGUCAACGUUUACCAAUACCUAAUGCAUGGUUACAAGAUAUUCGUAAUAAUGAUUUUGAUCGUUCAUAUAUAAUUGAUAUGUUAUUAAUAAAUGGAGGAUAUUUAGCAGAUAAAAAUAAUACAUUUGUAUUUAAUAAUCAAAAAUAUUCAUUACAAGUACCAAGACCAUUACCAAAACAAACAACAAGUGAAUCACAAUUACAAACAUAUAAAUUAUCUACAAAACAAAAACAUGAAAUGAUAAGAAAAUUUAUUGAUUAUAUUAUUGAACAAGAUGGAAUGAAACAAGAUGGUACAAAUAGUCUAUUAUUAUUACAAAAUCAACAACAAGAACUUUAUUUUACUGCUGAACAUUCUGAUCAAAUACGUUCAAAUAAUUUACAUCGUAAUGAUGUUGUUAAUAUACUUAGUAAACAUGGGAAAAUAAAACGUGAUGAAUUUAAUAAUAUUUUAUUAUUUUAUAAUGAUCAAUAUAUUCAAUUACCAUCAGCAGUAGUUCCAUUUGAUCAACAAUCAUCAUCAAAUGUUACUAAAUCAGGCAAACGUUCAACAUCUGAAUCAGGUAUUGCUAGUAUGAAUGAUGAUUAUGAUAAUAAUAUAGAUAAUGAUCAAGAAUUUUAUCAACAUCUUUCUAAUGAAACACAAGAACAAUUUAUACUUCGUUAUCAUGAAACAAUUAAUUAUAUGUAUAAAAAUGGUUAUAUAACAUAUGAUAAACAAAAAAAAUUAUUUCAAUUAUAUUUUUCUAAUAGUAUUUUAUUUAUACCUUAUGAUAGAUUAAAAUUAAUUAUUGAUCCAACAUAUAUUGAUACAUCAUCUGCACGUACAACAACAAUUUUACCAUUUGCUUCAAUUCAAUUAUCCGAUUGGUUAUUAUCUAAUAGUGAUACAAUAAAAAAUUCACGUAAAGGAAAUAUUAUUUUAGUACAUAAACAAAAAGUCUAUGAAUUACCAUUAAUUAAACCAUCUAAAAGACAAUUUCAAAAUCCAUUGAGUGAAUUAUUUCAAAAGAGUCAAUCAUCAUCGGGAAUAAAUGCAAUUGGAAUGAAACGUUUUGAAUUUACACCCGUUGCACGUCGACGACAACAACAACUAGCUAAAAUUGAUAUGACAGAUCGUGAUGUACAAAUGAAGUGUAUAUUAAAUUUAUUAGAACAUAUGGAUGGAUAUGGUGGUAUUAAUGUAAAUAAUGAUACAAAUGAAUUAAUAUUAUCAAUGACGCCUGAUAAACAUCAAAGUUUAAUAAUUAGUGAAGAAUCAAUUACGGAAUUAAUUAAUGAACAACCAAUUGGUUUAUCAAAAGAUAAAUUAGCUUUAUUUUUAUUACAAAAUGGACAUUUUGAAAUGUUAGAUACAGAUCCAUUAGAAACAAAUAUUGUUUAUCGAUAUAAGAAUGGUCAUCUCUAUAGAUUUCCAAAUAUAAAAAAUUGGUACGAAAUUCUUACAACGGAAUCACCAGAAAAACGUAUUAUUCGAGUAUUAGGUAAUAUGCUCGAUGUAAAUAGUAAAAUUUUACAACGUAGUGAUCGUUCAAUAUUAAUUACAUUACGUAAUGGAGAAAAAUUUGUUAUACCAGAAAAUAUUGGUACACAAUUAAUUGGUCCAGUAAAUGGUAAAACAAUUGCAGAAUUAUUAACAAAAUAUGCUGAUGAUAUUCAUGAAGAACAAAAUGGAAAAAUAUUAAUUAUACGUUUAGGUGAUCAAACAAUACGUUUGCAACAACAACAAGAACGACAAUUAAUGAGUCAAAAUCCACCUGGAACAAAAUUAAAAUUAUUAUUUCCAUUUAAUCGUCAAUUACGAGGUGAUCUAAUGCAAAGAUCACCAUCAACAAGUACAUUAGGCGGAAAUGUACAACAACCAGAUGCCAAUGGUGGAUAUGUCAUGGAUCCUCUAUUAAUGUUAGCCCAUUUUAUCCAUCGUGCGGGCUCAAUAUAUCAAGAUGAACUUGGUCGAUUAGUAAUUAAAAUGAAUGAAGAUGAAAUCGUUGUACCACGUAUUGAAGCUAUAAAUGCUAUUGAAACAAUAAAUACAUCACCCCAUCGAUCGGGUACAAUUAUUGCUCGUCUUAUCGAUCGUAUUGGCAAAGUACAAUCUAACAAAGCUGGUGGAGUAAUUAUUACAAUUGGUAAAACAUCAUUUGAAUUAUCAAAAGAUAUUAUUGAUCGUGCUAAUCAAUUACAUAAAGAAACAAUUGAUAUUGAAAAUGAUCUUGCUGUUGAUUAUGAUUCAUUAAGUUCAGGUUUAAAUGGUUCAAUGAUGUUAUCUCGUCAACAACCACUUUUAUUACCAUUAUUAAGACAUUCAAAAUCUCUUGGCUCAUUAGCUACAUCAAAUUCUAAUAUAGGAAAACAUCCUUGGUUUACUGAUGAUCAACAAAUGAUAUAUACACAAGAUGGUAAUGGUGAUGCACGCUAUCUCAAUUUCGAUAAUUAUCGUUUAAAUUGGCAAAAGUUUCCUCAUACACAUGGUAUACCAUGUGAAGUACGUACAAUAAAAAAUGUAGCACCAUAUCUAAAUAUAUUAGGAUAUGUUGAAAAUGAUAAAAAAAAAAUGUUAACAAUUGAUGAUUUAACUAAAACUCAUCCAGAAAUGUUAAAAAGUGGAAAAUUUGAUGAUAUAAGUUAUUUAAAUCGUCUAGAAAAUGAACGAGCUAAAUCACAAACGACACUUUGUCCACGUCCAAGAAUAUUAGUUAUACCAGAUGAUGAAACAAUGUUAUCUUCAAAUCGUCGUACACGAUUUUAUGUACAAUAUAUGUAUGAAAAUGAUGCUGUAUUAGGAACAGAUCCCGCUUAUGUUAUGAUGUUGCCUAGUAGAUAUCCAGUAUUACCAACUAAUCCACAAUUAAUUGCACCACGUCAUUAUCGCGAUAUUGCUUUGAGAGAUGCACCUGUGUAUGUGCACAAGAAAAAUGAAGGUCAAGUAAUGUAUGAAAAUUUAGCUCAGUAUCUUUCAACUGAUCAUCCUGAUGUAUCACCGAGAACCGUUCGUCGAAUGUUAAAAUUUAACAAUAGUGCAGAGUAUGAAGAAUACUUAGCUCAUAAAAUGACGUCGGAUGAGGCCAAAGAAUUGGCAAAGACUUCCGAACAACAACACAGAAACAAUGAUGAAUCGAGAUAUAUAAACGUUCGAGCUACAGGUCGAAAAGAGAUCAAUCAAAAUGAUGAUGAAUAUGAUACAGAUGAAGAUAACGAUAUUGAUAAAAAUGUUAAUAAUGGGAAUAUAAAUAAUUUGUAUGAAAAUGAUCAAUAUAAUAUAAGAAGACAUCAGAGAAACGAUAAUACAUAUAAUUUUGAUAAUCGACGUUUACAACAACAUAAUCCUGUUCAAAUAAAUAAUUAUGAGAGAAAUGAUGAUGAAGAUAAUGAAAAUAAAAUUAUAUGGCAAAAUCAACAAAUGAAAACUCAACGACCAAUACCAAUUUAUCGAAAUCGUCCACAAAAUUCUGUUCUAACAUUUAUUGAUAGUACAACACGAAAUGUUCAUAAUGAAGGAGAACGUUCUCCAUCAACAUCUAGUAUUGGAUCAGAAAUGGUUAUAGCUAAUAUGAGACCGUCCGAUGUACCACUUGUACCACCAUUACCCAAUCUUGAAUCAAGAGCAAAUUAUUUACGUUCACAACAGCCACAACAAAUAAAAACAAGACUUAGUAGCUUAACAGAUCAAAAUUAUGGUCGACCUGUUGAUCCAUCACGUAUACCUAUUAUUAAUAGAGAAAAUCGUCAACAACAACAAAUUUCAACUCAGAGAACUGACCGACCAGUUUGGUUAGUUAGUCAAUAA